GAGUUUUUGUAAACAAUGGAGAGAGAGAGGAUCCUAGGAGUUUAGGAAAGGUCAAUAGUCAAGAAUGGGGCCGGCAAAAGAAGGUCAAUAUGAAAUAGGCCAACACGUCUCAAUUUCAUUAACUGCAACACUUUAUCAACUUCACAACAACUUCUUCUCUCAAUUUCUCAAUCUUUUACCACUUCCAAAACUUUUCCGAAUUUCAACCAAUUCAUCUUUCUCAACAAUCCUCUUUCUCUUCGUUCUUAGGGUUUCAUGGACUCAUUCUCUGAGAUCCUUAAACCGCUAUGAGCAAAUCCAAAAAUUUCUUCUAUAAUCUCAUUAAGCCCUUCAAAUUUGGUUCCACCAGAGAGGGAAGGAGCGAAGACGAUAUACAGAACCUAGCUACACAGGAGCAGAGAACAUUUUCCUAUGAAACAUUGGUUGCUGCUACUAACAACUUUCAAGCUUUUAACAAACUCGGAGAAGGAGGAUUUGGACCUGUCUAUAAGGGCAAAUUGAAUGAUGGAAGAGAGAUAGCAGUGAAGAAGCUAUCACAUGGUUCAAGUCAAGGGAAGACACAGUUUGUUGCGGAGGCCAAGUUGUUGACCCGUGUGCAGCACCGUAAUGUGGUCAAUUUGUUUGGUUAUUGUAUCCAUGGCAGAGAGAAACUUCUUGUGUAUGAGUAUGUCCCUCGUGAGAGCCUUGACAAGUUUCUAUUCAGGUCAAAAAAGAAAGAAGGGCUAGAUUGGAAACGUAGAUUUGACAUAAUCAAUGGAGUGGCAAGAGGUUUACUUUAUCUUCAUGAACACUCUCACAACUGCAUAAUCCAUCGUGACAUAAAAGCAGCCAACAUUUUACUUGAUGAAAAAUGGGUCCCUAAGAUUGCUGACUUUGGCUUGGCUCGUCUCUUUCCAGAGGAUGAAACUCAUGUCAAUACACGUGUGGCUGGAACACAUGGAUACAUGGCUCCAGAGUAUUUGAUGCAUGGACACUUAUCUGUGAAGGCAGAUGUGUAUAGCUAUGGAGUUUUGGUGUUGGAGUUGAUCACCGGCCAUCGAAACUCGUCCUCUGAUCCGGCCUUCAAUGGAGACAAUCUCCUUAAUUGGGCGUACAAGCUUUACAAGAAAGGGAGGUGGUUAGAAAUGGUAGACCCCACAGUGGCAUCCUCAGUGGAGAUAACAGAACAAGUUGAAGUGUGCAUUCGAGUGAGUCUAUUGUGCACACAAGGAGAUCCACAACUCCGUCCAACGAUGGCGCGCGUGGUGUUGAUGUUGUCAAAGAAGCCACCAAGUCACAUGGAAGAGCCAACGAGACCAGGUAUACCUGGUUCUCGAUACAGAAGAACAGGACCUCGCAGUCACACCUCUUUUACUACUGAUGAUGAGAAUGAUUCCUCUGCUUCACACGUUGAUUCAAGCAAUUAUGACACUACUAUUGCUACGGCUACCAGUUCUACUUCUUCUGCAACAAGAACAAGUUCUGCUACUGCACAAGCAGAUUUGCGAGGGAAACGUCCAAUGCUACCUUCGUGAUAUCAUUUGAUCAUUCUCUUCUUUGUUGGAGAUUUAGGGCUAUAUAUACGAUUCUUUUGUUAUUCUUUUUGUAGCAUAUUUUUUGUAUAUGUAGGUUUGUAUUACUAUGGAUGUAAAUGUUAUUAGAGUGGGUUAAGAAUAAUGGAUUGAAAUCAAAUGUGUGUUUUUUU